AUGGGAAAAACAAAGUCGUCCUUGCAUUCAGGUCAAUCGGUGCCACAGGGACCUGAUCCUGGCAACCUUUUGACACCGCCAGGUUCUGCAGAAACCAUGCCAACCAGUAACACAAGCUCAGGGUCACUUGUUCGCACCCCUUCAAGUUCUCGUCUAUCAAGCAAGGAUUUUCUCAGUGUACGCUCAAAGAACAGCAUCUCCAAGCAUAAUAGCAAAAUAAAACCACACAAGUCCAGCAACAAAAAAGGAUCAACGUCAUCAGCAACCAGUGCUUCGCGAUUCAAUAUACGUAGCCGUUCGUUGCCUGCUCCUCCACAUACUCGCGAGAUAGCCAAUGCAUCAACAGGAACCUGCUCGGAUGAUCCUGAUAUACUUGCGACUUUGGUGAGCCAAGAUCCAUGGAUAGCGAACAAGCUUGUCAAAGAAAAUUUCAGCAACAGUCGCAACAAACGACAGCAUUGCGUUAUUGGUUCGCACCAGGACUGUGACAUAAGGUUACAAGGUCUUGAAAGAAAACACUGCAUCAUAUACCCGACUUUUAGCUACCAUAAAAAUGACGUUGCGUUGAAUCUACAUCUUGUCGAUCGCAGCAAAAAUGGAACUUGGGUGGGAAAACAAGUAUUCAAGCAGGGGCGAACAGUAUUGGAUGAGGGCAGCGAGCUAAUAUUCAAAAAUUCUGCUGGGGAGGACUUAUAUCGCUUCAAAGUUCACAUUGCCAAUGUACCGCGUGACAAGAGGACAUUUGAUGAAUUAUACCGGGAUAUCGAUUAUACGUUGGGACAGGGCACAUUUGGUCAAGUGAAGAAAGUGCAGGAUAAAGAUAACCCAAGCGACAUGUAUGCAUGCAAGACCAUCAACCUGGAGAAAUUCAAAGACGAGAAUACGAGCUUGAGGAUGCUGUAUACAGAAGUAUGCAUACAAAUGGAGCUCCAGAAACAUCCCUGUGUGCUGAAAGUAGAACGCGUCCUUGAGUCAAGAACAGAAUUAUUCAUCAUUAUGGAAUACGGCAAGGAUGGCGAUCUCUUUGAAUACUUGCAAAAGAAUCAAGCUACGGAGGAUGAGAUUCGGAUCAUCUUUGACCAAAUUUUCCAUGCCGUCGCAUUUAUGCAUGCAAACAAAGUGGUACAUCGGGAUCUCAAGCUUGAAAAUGUGAUUGUCAUGAACAAGGACAAGCUGCAUGUAAAACUUGGCGACUUUGGCAUGUCACGAUUUGAUCCGAGUGGUAGAGGCAACUUCGACACGGCAUGUGGCACAAUGAUUUAUUGUGCACCAGAGCGAUUGUAUGCAUCGGAUGCUUCUGGUGGCCGCAAAUUGAAUUACAACAAGUCCGUGGAUGUAUGGAGUUUAGGUGUGAUGCUAUACGCUUCCCUUGCACACAGCAUGCCGUUCAAUGUCAAUGACAUUGACAGCCCCGAAGGUCGUAGGGCAUUGGAGAAUAGGAUAAGAACAGGAAGAGUGAGCUUUCAUGAUGCAGUGUGGCAUCGUGUAUCGGCUGAUGCCAAGGAUCUUAUAUUACGGAUGUUGGAGACUGAUCAUGCCAAGAGGCCAACUAUGGAUGAGGUGAUUAGUCAUCGUUGGCUUGCUCCUGAAAACAUUGAAAAUGAUCGAACAAGAUUGAAAGGUUUAUAUCGCUGCCCCGAAUUACAGUCAUUCAACAUUCAACUAGCAUCACAACCCCCAUCACCAUCACCAUCAAGUUCCUCAUCAACCAUUGCAUCUCAUCAUUAA